AUGAUAAAGUUUACCGAGAUUAUAAGCGAUUUAUGGAGAUUCGAAGGAAAACUUGUACCAGUCAAAUUCUAUGCCAAGGAGAUAAGGAGAUUUCAUGUGAGAGCUCUCGUCGAUUGGCAGUUGGUUCAUGUCGGUUCUCCACUUGAGGAUCUCGUCUUCCUUCUACAUAGUGCUUGCUCAGUUGAUGACCAUGAGAAUCAUCUCGAAAAGUUCUUGUUCUAUUACUACGCGAGUUUGGAAUCUCGUCUCGAUGGUGGUGAAGCGAUGCCUUGGCAAAGCUUUGAAGAGUUCAAAAACAAGUACGAAACCGCCUAUGGCUACAUGUGCGGUUUAAUAUGGCCGAUGACGUGGAUGAUCGAUUUGGAGAAAUCGUGCACACCUGCCGAACUCGAAGAAUGUAAAGCAAAUUUCAAUGCAAAAAUCCGUCUCAUGGCUCGAGAAUCGAACCGAUUUAUUGAAAAACAUAUCUUGACAAAAUUG